AUGUCCGGACCCUCAAUCACCAUCAAUUACGAUGGACAUAAGUCUUCGUCGUUUUCGGACACUCAGGAACCCUUUAGGAGAUACCCGGUACGUGUAUGA